AUGGCAUCGCCUAACCACGGCAUGGCCUCGACCAGUCAGCCUUCCAACACUGUCUCACCCUCAUCAUCCCCUUCGCAUCCUUCCAAUAACUCGACCUCAACCAUCCUUCCACAACCAUCCACAACCAACCCUCCUGACCCGUCUGCUCUGCCCUCCCUUCAUUCUCGUCGUCGACGAGCCACUUUACAAGGCCAGCAGCCACAGAUCAUCACUUCUCAAUCAACCAGCUCCUCCUCUGCUAUCCAACCUCACAAUGUCCUCUCAAAUAACAUAAACACUUUGAUUGAUCAGCCUGCACUAACCCCUCAAGGUACCCAGUCGACUUUUAUGGAAAUGGGAUCUGUUACAGACUCGACAAAAACAACAGCAGCAGAAACAACCACGGUUCCAGGCGAUCCAGUAUCAGCUGCACCCAUAACGACUGAUUCCUUCAAGGAGUUACCAACUCGGGACUCUGUAUCUCUAGAAACUAAAUCAACAAAGUCCAGCAACUGGAUAAAGACACUAUUUAUCAAAAUAACAGGCCGUGGGAGAGUUGUUGCCAGCAAAACCACUCGUGUGAUCCCCAUCUCCUCAUCCCGCACUGCCCCUUUGAUCCAACCCGAAACCGGAAAGCCUUUUGUUUCCAACUCUGUUACAACAGCCCGCUAUACCCUCUGGGACUUUUUACCCAAGCAAUUGUAUGCCCAAUUCUCAAAGAUCGCCAACGUAUACUUCUUGUUCGUAGCCUCAUUGCAGAUGGUUCCCAGUUGGUCACCAACAGGACAGUAUACAACCCUAGUUCCACUAUUGGUCUUUUUAUCCAUCGCUAUUGCACACGAAGGUUACGACGACUAUCGAAGACAUCGGCAGGAUAAUGUCGAGAACAACCAGAUGACAAACGUCUUUCGCACUUAUCGUAAUGCAACCAACUCGAUCUCUCCUCAAGACAAUUCACAACACCAUCACACACCGUCUCCCCAUCCGGCCUCCACUACAGAAGCAGAGGCUGCGGACAAGCCAUCAUCGCCGGCUGAACUAUCCAUCACAAUCCCUUUGACCCCUACUGUCCACACACCUGCACCUAAUCUUCCUCUCUUUCAAAAGAUAAAAUGGAAGGAUAUUUGUGUAGGAGAUAUCAUAAGGGUUGAUCAGAAUGAUUGGAUACCUGCAGAUCUUAUCUUGCUGCACGCUGCAGGGCCUGAAGGAAGCUGUUAUGUAGAGACAGCUGCACUCGAUGGCGAGACUAAUCUCAAGCAGCGGCAGGCUCUUCGUGCAACAAAUGAUAUAAUUCGCACCCAAGAAGAUAUUGCAACUUUUACAGGUUGCGCCCAUACAGAACAGCCUAACCAGGAUUUGUACAACUUUGAGGGAUACUUGGAACUUGGGCAUGGCAAGAAUAUUCCACGAUAUCCCCUCAGUAUCAACCAAAUUCUUCUCCGUGGCACUAUCUUGCGCAACACACCCUUCGUUUAUGGUCUCGUGGUGUUUUCGGGUGAAGAAACGAAAAUCCGUCAGAAUGGGUCCAAAAACAUUCGUACAAAAGCACCUAGUAUGCAGCGACUGAUCAACAAGGUCAUUAUCGUCAUUUUCAGCAUUGUGGUCUUUUUGUCCGCAUUAUGCACGGUCCUCAGUGCAAUUUGGAACAACAGGAACGAUAAACCUGGACGUUUUGCUUGGUACUUGGCAGCCAAAGGCGUUAUGCGCAGUGACACUGCAUCAGUGCUUUUUGGGUACAUUGUCCUUUUUAACACCAUGAUCCCGAUCUCGCUCUAUGUCACCAUGGAGCUCGUCAAGUUGAUGCAAGCCUACUUUAUCCAUCACGAUCUGGAGAUGUAUGACCCCAUCUCGGAUACGCCUGCAGAAGCCCGAACAACUGUCAUUAACGAAGAACUUGGGCAAGUUAGCUACCUAUUCUCAGACAAGACAGGAACACUGACAGAAAACAUCAUGGUCUUCCGCAAGUUUUGUGUAGCUGGUCUUUCAUUCAAUCAUGAUUUGGAUCCAGAAUCGAUUAAAGCAGCAGCUAAGCUAGCGCAGGAGAACCAGAACUUGCAUUCAUCAGAUGGACAUGAUCACCCAGGCGAUGCCCCUGCUGAAGGCGAGACAGUACGCAGGCGAAGCAAAUACACGACCAAGGCUGGGAAAGUCGUAGGGAAGCUGAAGCGAUCUUCUCAUCGUCAUCAGGGACAGAGAUCUAGUCUAGGCUACCAGAAUCUGGGCGGAGGCAAGGAAGUAAUCUCUGAAAUGGAAUCGGGAUCAUUGCCAGCAGGAUACCCUGAGAGUGUAUACGCAGGCAACAAACCUUCAUACGCUGAAACAAUCGUGCCUUGCACGCCUACAUCGCAGUUAGUCUCAAUCUUGAAGUCUGGAACGCAUCAUGACAUGGCAAACAGGAUCCGCUUUUUCUUACUUGCAAUGGCUCUCUGCCAUGAUGCGGUUCCAGAGUUGAUGGACGAAUCUGAUCCUAUGAGUCUCAAGUAUCAAGCAGCCAGUCCAGACGAGAAUGCAUUGGUCGCGGGUGCGAAGGAGCUUGGCUAUGUCUUUGUGGAACGCACUCGACGUGGUAUCCGUGUCCAGAGCUUGCCAACAUCUGCGGAUGAAGCCCCAAAGGAGGAAAUUUACGAGAUUCUCAAUGUUCUAGAAUUCUCAAGUAAAAGAAAGCGAAUGUCUGUUAUUUACAGGAUGCCAGAUGGGCGGAUUUGCCUGUUCACCAAGGGCGCUGACUCUGUCAUUCUGGAACGUGUCAGAGAUCCUCGGACAGGAUUUGACGAUAUUUUGAACCCAGACUCUCCGAUACCCUUUACGCUGGAUUCGCCUCACCCUCAUGGAUACGACGGUAUGGAUCCGCUCGAAAGUCUAGAUCACCCUAAAACUGACAAAAGACGUAAACGUCCACUCCAGCGCUCUUCAACAUCACCAGCAGGAGUUGAAGGUGUCUUGAGAGAACUUGAUCGACUCGAGCAUUCAAAAGGCGCCAGUGCAGCUUCUAGAGCCCCUGCAGACGUAGAUUACAUUGCUGCAUACUUUUUCGGCCAGACACAAUCAGAAAUGUGGGAGUACCAACAAACCAUGGAUCACAUUCAAGAAUACGCCACGACUGGAUUGAGGACGUUGCUGUAUGGUCACCGAUAUUUGUCCGAGGAGGAAUAUAGUCAGUGGGCAAAGCAGUAUGCGAAUGCUCAGAGUGCAUUGGAAGGUCGACAAGAAAAGUUGGAACAGGCGGCUGAAUUAUUAGAACAGAAUCUGGACAUGACGGGCGCCACUGCCAUUGAAGACAAGCUUCAAGUCGGGGUGCCCGAGACAAUUGACAAGCUUCGUAGGGCUGGUAUUAGACUGUGGAUGUUGACGGGUGAUAAGCGUGAGACAGCUAUCAACAUUGGAUACUCUUGUCGACUGAUCAAGGACUACUCAUCAACCAUCAUCUUGGAUGUGCCAACACAAGCACAAGCACACAGGGCUUUGAACAAGGCCAUUAAGGAUGUUAGCAAAGGCAAGUCACGCCACGUGGUAGUAGUCAUCGAUGGAGCCACACUUGGAAUUGUGGAGCAGUCUUCAGAACUGAUGGCACUCUUUGUUGAGCUCGGUAUCCGAGCAGACUCUGUGAUCUGUUGCAGAGUCAGUCCCGCUCAAAAAGCUAUUGUGGUCAAGACAGUUCGUGGAAGAGUGAAGCAUGUGGUAACUCUUGCAAUCGGUGACGGAGCCAAUGACAUUGCGAUGAUUCAAGAGGCCAACGUCGGUAUCGGGAUCACAGGAAAGGAGGGUCUUCAGGCUGCUAGAGCGAGCGAUUACUCUAUUGCACAGUUCCGAUUCUUGGAGAGAUUGCUAUUUGUUCAUGGUCGUUGGUCAUAUGUGCGUGUAUCAAAGUUUGUGUUGGGUACGUUUUACAAGUGCGCGACAUUUUAUUUGACUCAAGGGCUAUUCCAGAUUUUUACAGGAUUUUCAGGCACAUCAUUGUACGAGCAAUGGACACUCUCCUUCUACAACACUCUCUUCUCUUCUCUGCCCGUAAUGGUUGUCGGUAUGUUCGAGCAAGACCUGAAGGCAUCGACGUUGCAACUCGUUCCGGAGCUGUACACAUUUGGACAGCAGAACUCUGGCUUCUCUUUGAUGACCUUUGGGACGUGGAUGGUAGCAGCGGUUUACCAUGCAAUUGCAGCGCUGAUGGUUCCACUCUGGAUUGCAGGUGCUAUUAGCAAGUUUGGCAUUGAACCAGAUGAGGUAGCCUUGUUCCAAAUGGGACUUGGUGUCUACACCACCAUUGUAUUGGUGGUCACCUUCAAGAUUGCGUACCUGGAGACUCAUAAUUGGUCGAUUGUAACCCAUAUCACCUCACUUCUUACAAUCAUUGCAUGGUUUGGGUACAACACUGCAUAUUCAUUCCUAUAUCCCGUCCGCACAGCAGGAUAUCACGUCCGUGGUGUCUUCCAAACCUUGGCUGGUCAUUUACCCUUCUGGCUGACUAUCAUUGUGGCAUUUAUGAUUGCAAUGAUGCCGAAUGUGAUGGCUAAGAUCCUCAAGGCCCAGAUGUUCCCUUCAGAUGUGGAUUUAUAUCAAGAACUGGAGAAGGAUCCUGAGGCAGUACAGCGAUGGAAAGAAUGGGAAGCAGAGCUCGGUAACCAAGGAGCAGAGGCAGAGGGGGUGACAGGAUCCAAGAUUCAGAGGCGACUUUCCAUUGCUGCGAGUAUUGUCUCGAAGCAGUCUAGUCGUCAUACAGCAAGCUUGUCAAGCCGACGAGGACGAUCAAAGAAUCAACAACCGCAGCGCGAGGGGACCAUUAAGAGCGAUCUUGGCCCUGUCGUUGGUAGACGUUAUUCUUAUGAUGUUGAAAGAGAUGAAUUUAGGGAAGAUCAAGAUAAUAUGAGUGACUGGGGCGCUGGGACUGGAUCUGCCAAAACAUAUCACCAACGUGGUGCUAGUAGUGCGAGCCAAAUGAUGCGUGAGCAGCAAUCGCAACGUCGGUCGUUCACAGCCCGUCGAGCCAGCUCCAGUCGGGCUAACAGCACCAGCAAUCAUGUAGGAGGGUUGAGAUCAGCCCCAGUUUCGCUUUCGACAGAGGAACUAGAGCUGCAAAGAACAUUAUCGGAGGGCGGUCAAGAGAGGGAACAAUUCGCUGGAACUUCGCUUGAUCCCAACAAUGUCAUCGCACUGGAAUCAUCAACUAAUGAGCGGAGUUAA